UACCAAGUGCGGUAACAAACCCCGAGCUACACUCGGGCUUACCAUGCAGCGUUGCUCAGGGAGUCCCUGCAGCACUUACCUUGUCCUUCGCUCCCGCGAUAUGUCCCCUGCAGCAUCCCCGGCCAUCUCCUCCGGCUUCCGUGUUCCGGUCCCUGUGACGUCGGGACGUACGGGCGCCGGAACCGGCGGCAAAUUUGAAAUUUUGAAAAAAUUUCAUUUUAUUUAAAAUGAUUAUUAUAUAAGCUUUGUCCUGUGCCCUGCCUGCAUUUUGACUGUUCUUUCUG